CCGACACCUGAUCUCCCCUUUGGCUCUGGCUUCCUUUUGUCCCAGUAUUUCAUAUCUGACAUAUCCACACACCCUAAAACAGCACUUGAUGCUGGAGCAGCGAUGGACCUGGGGCUUGGCGUUUGCGCGCUCAGACAUGGGGAAUAAACAGACCAUCUUCACAGCGCAGCAGCUAGAUGCCUAUCAGGACUGUACAUAUUUUACAAGGAAAGAAAUUCUCAGACUGUUCUACCGCUAUCGGGAUUUGGCACCGCAGCUCGUUCCUCUUGACUACACCAACCACCCAGAUGUGAAGUUACCAUAUGAGCUGAUUGGCAGCAUGCCAGAGCUGAAGGACAACCCGUUCCGUCAGAGGAUCGCUGAGGUUUUCUCUGAGGACGGAGAGGGCAACAUGACACUGGAUGACUUCUUGGACAUGUUUUCAGUCCUGAGUGAGAUGGCGCCACGUGACCUCAAGGCCUACUAUGCUUUCAAAAUUUAUGAUUUCAACAAUGACGACUUCAUCUGCAAGUCGGACCUGGAGAAGACCCUGAACAAGCUGACUCGUAAUGAGCUGACAGAGGACGAGGUGAGGAUGGUGUGUGAGAAGGUGAUUGAUGAGGCCGACCUGGACAAUGAUGGACGCCUGUCACUGGAGGACUUCCAGCACAUGAUUGUUCGAGCUCCAGAAUUUCUUAGCACCUUCCACAUCAGGAUAUAAAGAAACGAAGCAAUUGUGUGUAUUUCUUCAUUUGAAAAGCACAUGAGGAUGGACUUAUAAUGCUGCAGGAUGUCUAGAACAUCUGUGAAUCCUGACAUCUAAACCAAAAACCACCUGUCAUCUUGUGAAUUAAUAGAUUUUUGCUUUUUGUGUUUUAUUUUGUACAAAACAAAGUAACAUUGUGAAUCUCAUCAUAGAUCAUCAGACUUUGACA